AUGUCCCAGAAAACUUCGAAUGACCGCCACAUCGGAUUUGAAGAACGGUCUGAGCCAAAGGGCGAACGUACAUAUGAUCAUGAGGAGCAUGGUACGAGGUUCCCACUCCUACCGACAAUUCCAGUAAAGCCAAGUAACGAGCUGGUUCAAACAGGCACACAAGCAAUCGUUUUCCUAGAUGAUGCCAUUUCAUAUGGCACGCCGUCAAACUCCCCUUAUCGAGUGGUUCAUGAAGGCUAUAUACCCAAAGAAUACCUAGAGUCAUGCGACGCAUCGACACGUCAUUUCGGAUGUUUGGAAGUGGAGGAAUAUGGACUUGGCUUUGGACAAGAGACUAUACCAUGGGAUGAAAAUGACGUUCCAUUUGAUUUUACCUUGGGUACCAUCAACAAGGAAGAAGUUUCCGAGGGGGUGUGCGAUCGGCCUCAAGAGAUCCUUCUUGCAGCUUCAGGAUCCUGUGAAGAUCAAGAGCAAGAGAACCCUUGGGUUUCCCAGAUCCAGAGCGCUGGCAAGCUCCCUGAGACAUCAAGAUACAACCCCGCAUCAGAGACUCCGAAAGCGUUGGCCCCUUCCCCUUCCCUCCCAAUGAUCAGCGAUUCGAAGACAGCUCCCCAUAUCAAUCCUGAGCACCUAAGGAGCUUCGCGGUUGAAUGUUUAUGA